GCACCACCGCACCGUGCGCCUCGAGCUAGGGGGCGAGGAGCAGUGCGAGAAGGCCCGGGAAUAUAUUACAUCUCUUUGUGCCCCUGAAUACAUCAAGCAAGAUACCUUGUCUCCUGAGCUUAGGAAGGUCUUGUUUAGACUAAGAGAUGCUAUUGAAUACAAGUGUCUUGCAAUCUUGAAAGUGAAAGAGGAGAGCUUUGAGAUCUCUGGACGUCAGGUAAACGUGAUGACGGCCUGGUCUAUGGUCAAGAAACUGGAAAUGGAAAAGAAGAGGCCGUCCAAGGAAGACAGGGCGGCUGCAAACGAGAUGGAGUACUCACAAGACAUUGGAGAUUGUAGUGGUGAAUCAGAUGAAUGGACUAGCUCAGAAAGUGAAGCAGAGCAACAGGGAGGAAGGAAUAGUUUGGGGGGCUAUGUAAAAACACUUUUCCAGGGUAUGGAUAUCUCUAACAAGCCACAUCGUCAGCUCUGUAGAUCUCCUUGCUUGGAUCGCCCCAGCUUCUCCCAGAGCAGCAUUCAGGUGCCAGUUGACCACCAGAUGAAACUAGAUGAAGCAAAGGCUAACUUGGACAGAGAAUAUCAAUCAAAGAUGGACUUUGCUUUAAAGUUGGGCUACACGAGUGAGCAAAUUGAAGCAGUCCUUAAUAAGCUGGGAGCAGAUGCCCUCAUUAAUGACAUCCUAGCUGAACUGGUGAGACUGGGAAAUAAGGGAGAAUCAGAAUCACCAGGCAGUGGAUGUAACAGCAGUACCAACCUAGUACCCAGAGGUGCCUGUCCCAAAGAGACUACGAGCCCAGAGCUAUCUCUAGAAGAUGAAGUAGUGGACACCACAGAAAACCUCAGGCCUAUUGUCAUUGAUGGCAGUAAUGUGGCAAUGAGUCAUGGCAAUAAAGAAGUUUUUUCCUGUCGAGGAAUACAGCUGGCUGUAGAGUGGUUCUUGGAGAAAGGACAUAAAGACAUCACUGUGUUUGUGCCUGCUUGGAGAAAAGAGCAAUCCCGCCCUGAUGCACCAAUUACAGACCAAGAAGUUUUAAGAAAGCUUGAAAAAGAGAAGAUAUUGGUAUUUACCCCAUCUCGCAGAGUUCAGGGACGGAGAGUUGUUUGUUAUGACGACCGCUUUAUAGUCAAGCUGGCCUUUGAUUCUGAUGGCAUCAUCGUAUCAAAUGACAACUAUCGUGAUCUGCAAAAUGAAAAGCCAGAAUGGAAGAAGUUCAUAGAAGAACGGCUCCUGAUGUACUCAUUUGCCAAUGACAAAUUUAUGCCUCCAGAUGAUCCCUUAGGAAGGCAUGGCCCCAGUCUGGAAAAUUUCCUUCGUAAAAAGCCUGUUAUUCCUGAGCACAAGAAGCAGCCAUGUCCUUAUGGAAAAAAAUGUACAUAUGGACACAAGUGUAAAUAUUACCACCCUGAGCGAGCCAACCAGCCUUUGAGAUCUGUUGCAGAUGAGCUCAGAAUAAGUGCAAAACUAUCCGCUGUCAAAACCAUGAGUGAAGGGGCACUGGUGAAAUGUGGCACUGGAUCAUCCAGCUCCAAAGGGGAGGGUUGUGUUGAAACUAAACGCAUUGCCCCCAAAAGACAGUCAGACCCCAGUAUUCGCUCUGCACCUGUAGAACCAGAGCAGAGGCUUUCAGCGGCUCGCAAGUCAGAAGCAAGCUCUGUGCCAUCUUUGGUGUCUGCCCUGAGUGUCCCAAUCCUUCCUCCUUCAAAAAAUCAUGCUGUAAGUGCUCUGAAUACUCGAUCUGCCAGCAGCCCUGUGCCUGGGUCAUCACAGUUUUCUCACCAAAAGUCUUCUUUAGAUCAUAUGUCAAGUGUCCACUACCCACCGAUUCUGGUAACCAACAGUCACGGUAAUUCUGUGAGCUACACAGAGGAAUAUCCAAAAUAUGAGUCUCUGGGAGACCAUGGUUACUAUUCCAUGCUGAGUGAUUUUUCCAAUCUGAGUAUCAGCAGUAUGCACAGCUCAGACUAUUACACUUCAGAACAAGACAGAGGAGCUUUUUCCAGAAACUCCAGUCCAUGUCAAGAGAGUUGCAUGAGUCAUAUGAACAGUGACUCAUAUUCCUCUUACAGUGACUUGUAUUUAGGCAUCUCAGACCCAGGGCCCGAUGACAGCAUGAAACCUUCAAGACCUCCACCACAAAAUCGUCUGCAACAGUUUACUCAUGGUUACCAUGAACCACUUAACAGAGUACAGAGCUAUGGGCAGGAGGAAAUCAUGCAAGCUCCACGCAAGCAGUCCUCUUCACAUUUGGCCCUGCAUAUUCAGCAUCCCCUUGUGGGGGCACGCUCUAGUUGUCCUGGAGACUAUCCCGUGCCGGAGAACAUGCAUCCAUCUGCCAACGCUCAGCCUGGAAGAGCACUGGUAAUGACCAGAAUGGACAGCAUAUCGGACUCUCGUCUCUACGAGAGCAACCCCAUGAGGCAAAGACGACCUCCAUUGUGCCGUGAACAGCAUGCCAGCUGGGACCCUUUACCAUGUCCUACUGACUCUUACAAUUACCACUCUUACCCAUUGAGCAACAACCUAAUGCAGCCAUGCUAUGAACCAGUCAUGGUAAGAAGCAUGCCUGAAAAAAUGGAACAGCUCUGGAGGUCUCCUCACUGGCCAGUAAUGUCCAGUGAACCUAGGGAACAACACAUAAUUCCUGAGCACCAAUAUCAAACCUACAAAAAUUUGUGCAACAUUUUUCCGGCUAGCGUGGUACUUUCUGUCAUGGAAAAGAAUCCACAUGUUACAGAUGCCCAGCAGCUUGCCGCUGUUAUAGUUUCCAGGUUAAGAUCGGGUCAUCAACACUGCUAAUCAGCACAAUUAAUGUCUGGACAAUAGUAUCUAUUGAUCAUGUCGCCUGAAUGAAAGCUGGCAGUGUUUUACUAAAAACCUUUUCUCGCUUAGUUUGGCCCAUUGAGCAAUUUGCCAUGGUACAAAUUUUCUGAACACAAUAAACUUUUAAUUUAUUUAUUUUAUUUUUUGUAAAAGCUGCGGUUAGGGAUUUUUAAAAAGCAUUCCUGGAGGAGUGCAUGCUUUAUUGCCCAGGUAUAUAUCCCUGCUAGACCUGCAUGGCAGGUUGAACCACAGAGUUUCCUUGGUGGGCAAUGGUUCUCCUUCCAAAUCUGAAUACAGAGGAGGGAAGGAGUCUGUUAACCCUAGCAAAUGCUGGAGAUACCAGCACUUAAUUACAGCACCGGAGUUCCUUGCAUUAAGUUGUGUAAAGGCUCUCCAGCUGUAUAUAGAAGCACCUAUUCAUAUU